AUGCCAGAAGUUGAAGCAAACGACCCACUUAGUAGAAAUACAGCUAGGCUAUCAAUUUCGAUUUCCAACUUGGAAGAGGAAGAAAAUCCCCGUCAUCAGGUAGCAGAAUUCUUGAAGGCAUCGAAUGGAAGUAGACGAGAUUCAGCAGUUUCAAUCACGUCUGUAAAUGAAGAAACAGAUGUCGACACAUCAUUGAGUGGAUUCAAAGACAAAUAUGAGGGAUUAAAACAAUCUCUCAGCGAUCGACCAAAAAGAAGAAGGUCAUCAGCAUCUUCUGUCACAUCUAAUAAUAACAAGAAUAGCUUAUUGAAACCUGAGACUAAAAUUCACAAAAAGAAGUUAAAAAAAUCGCAAGAACCACCCUCAUUCGAGUUAGUUACAAGCGCAAGUGCAGACAAAAAGCAUCCAUCUAUCAAGAAGCUUUCACUCACAAAUAUUCGAGAUUUGAUCAUUCAUAUUUUCAGUAAAGAUCUAAAUCAUAAUUUAUCUUGGAUAAGAUUAAAACAAGUAACAGAAAUAAAAAAGAUAGUAUUCUGCUUUGUUCCAGGAUUGGUCACAGACGAGUUUUUAGAACCAAAUUCUCCUUAUGCAGAUGAUAAAUUUAUACCCAUGUCUCAAACUUUGAAAAUUGAGGAAUUAGAGUUUUUUAAAGAAAAUUUUGACUCAAUGAUUCAAGUAACUGCACCAGGUAGUAAGGAUUCCUUAUUUCUGGCGUUACACACGCUCACUAAUGUACCUUUGACUAAGAAAGAAAAGAAAGAUCAGAUAGAUAGCCUGAGAAAGGCUAAAUUAACAUUGUGGGAUCUUUUAUUGAGUAAAGAAAGCAUGAGUCAAAAUAACUAUCCUAUUCAUUCUAGCUUAAUUGAUGAUGGUGAGUCUAUUAACGUAGAUUCGAAUGGUUGGGUUCAAACCAAGAGUUUUGACCAUGAAGGGUCGCAUACUUUUGCAUUGGAUUGUGAAUUUUGUCAAUCGGCAUCGGGUAAGGUAUUGACACGUAUAUCACUAAUCAAUUUUCAAGGCGAAAUUGUAUUGGAUCUGUUAGUCAAACCAGAAGAGAUUAUCACAGAUUAUCUCACAAAAUAUUCUGGAAUUACGGAAGCAAAAUUAGCAGGCAUUACAACUAACUUGAAUGAUAUUCAAGAGAAGAUAAUCAGCAUUGUAUCAACUGAUGAUAUUCUAAUUGGUCAUUCAUUGGAAUCUGAUUUGAAUGUUAUGCACAUAAAACACCCAAGAAUCAUUGAUACAGCCCUCGUAUAUGAACACCACAGAGGCCCUCCCCUGAAACCUUCUUUGAAAUGGCUUUCUGAAAAAUAUUUGAAUAGGCUGAUCCAAGAAGGUGAGAAUGUGGGUGAUGGCCACUCAUCAGUAGAAGACGCAAAAGCAUGUCUAGAUUUAAUUAAGGUGAAAUUACAGGAAGGUGAAUAUUUUGGAAAAAACAUGAAUGAAAUCUCAUUAUUUGAAAGAAUUAAUAAGGAUCGUUUAAGUAUCAAAAGCAGCUCAUCUCAUGAUCCCAUAAAAUCCUUGUUUAUAGAUUAUACUCCAGUUCGUGAUACUAAUUCUAAGGAUUCUCAAAAUCAAUUACAGAAAAUACAAAUUAGUAACGAUGACGAAGCAAUUGAUCACCUAUCAGAUAAAAUUGAUGAUACAGAUUUAACUCUUUUGAAAUUGAGAGAACUUGAAUUUAAUAAAGGCUGGUCCCCGAUCCCAAAGACGUAUGAUGGGUAUCUUGGGAUAUCAGAAGAGAAAUCUGAAUCGGACGACGUUUUAGACGAAGAUAAGAGCUAUAUAUUUCGCAAGCUCAAUGAAAGACUCAAAAGAAUAUACUCUUCGUUACCAGAAAAUGCCAUGUUGAUUGUAUGUUCACCGCUGGGUGAUCCAAGAGAAAUGAUACGCUUACAGAAUGUAAGAAAGAAAUUCCAGAGCUUAGAAAGAGAAGGAAUCGACGUUACUUCUAUACCAGAGCUAGACAGCUGGAAUUUUGAGAAACAAUGCGAGUUGCAACAAGCUGUUAAUCUUUCUAGGCGAGCAAUGUGCUUUAUCUGUUUGAAACAGGCUAACAAGAAGAAUUAG